CAUUUAUCAUUACGAUUCCGGCCAAAAAGUGUGUCUGCUUCAAGAUCUGCUGUUUGAUCGUUAUUGCCACUUCGCCAAUAUUUGAUCAAACAGUAAACACUGACGAGUUUUCCUUCUUUCAUAAGCUGCCUCUCAUCUUUUCUUCAAUCCAACACAAAGCAGCGCAAUCAAACUAUUACAAGUAACUACUAUUUUUCUACUCUACAGGAGUAGUAUAAUAUUACUGUGUUUGCUUUUGCUUGUUAGAUUAUUCUUGUUGGUUCCAUAAUCUGUGAUCAAAUCAUACCUAUUCCCUUUCCGAAUACACUUCUAAUUUAUUUUUAUUCAAUUUAGGACUCCCAUUUUUCCUAUUUUUCUCAAAUUUGAAGUGUAUUGUUAAAGUUCUAUUUAAUGAUCUGCGUUGAGAGUUGAAUAGUUUGUGGGUUUUAAAUGAUUAUGUUAUGUGGUGAGAUAUGAGAGUUAGGGUUAUUGCAAAAUGGGGUGUGUAUUAGGGAAACGGAUUUCAUCGUCUGAGCGAGCCAGCGGUGUAGCUGGUAAAGGGGAAGACAGAGAUUCUGGGAGGAGAGAUAGAGUAGUUGUUGGAUCAGUAGGAGAGGCUGUUAGUGUUGUUGUUGUUGGUGGUGGAAGUCAAGUUCCGAAUGGACGGGAUGAGAAUGAUGAGAGGAAGGGAGAGAAUGCUCGGCAGCCUAGAGGCGAGAGGAGACGCCCUAGGCCGAAUCCGAGGCUGAGCAAUCCUCCUAAGAAUAUCCAUGGUGAGCAAGUGGCUGCUGGAUGGCCUUCUUGGCUAUCUGCUGUGGCAGGUGAGGCGAUCAAUGGGUGGACGCCUCGUCGCGCUGAUUCAUUUGUAAAGAUUGAUAAGAUUGGGCAAGGUACUUAUAGCAAUGUGUAUAAAGCUAAAGAUGCCAUAACGGGGAAAGUUGUAGCUCUAAAAAAGGUUAGAUUCGAUAAUUUAGAGCCCGAGAGUGUGAGGUUCAUGGCUAGGGAGAUUUUGAUCCUGCGCCGCCUGGAUCAUCCCAAUGUGGUGAAGCUGCAAGGAUUAGCGACAUCAAGGAUGUCGUGUAGUUUGUAUCUUGUUUUUGAUUAUAUGGAGCAUGAUCUAGCCGGUCUUGUUGCAAGCCCCGGAAUUAAGUUUACAGAACCUCAGAUCAAGUGCUACAUGAACCAGCUAUUGUCCGGCCUUGAACACUGUCACAACCGCCACGUCCUGCAUAGAGAUAUUAAGGGUUCGAAUCUCCUCAUUGAUGAUGGAGGAGUUCUUAAGAUAGCUGAUUUUGGAUUGGCUUCCACCUUUGAUCCCAAUAGCAAGCAGCACAUGACAAGCCGUGUGGUCACUCUGUGGUAUAGGCCGCCCGAGCUGCUUCUUGGGGCCACCCAUUAUGGAGCAGGUAUUGAUUUGUGGAGUGCCGGCUGCAUUUUAGCUGAGCUAUUUGCCGGGAAGCCAAUUAUAACUGGCCGGACAGAGGUGGAACAACUUCACAGGAUCUUCAAGCUAUGCGGUUCUCCAUCUGAAGAAUAUUGGAAGAAGUCGAAGCUUCCUCAUGCGACCACAUUCAAACCGCAGCAGUCGUACAAAAGAUGCAUAAGGGAGACGUUUAAGGAUUUCCCUCAGUCAGCAUUGUCUUUAAUAGAUACUCUACUGGCAAUUGAUCCGAGCGAACGUCAAACAGCUACAGCUGCUCUAAAGAGUGAAUUUUUCACAGCCAAGCCUUAUGCAUGUGAGCCUUCCAGCCUUCCAAAGUACCCACCGAGUAAGGAGAUGGAUGCUAGGCGCCGUGAUGAAGAAGCUCGAAGGCUGCGAGCUGCUGGUAAAACUCAAGCUGACACAGCAAAGAAACCUCGGGCACGUGAAAGGGCAAUACGGGGUGCUCCUGCUCCCGAAGCCAAUGCUGAGCUCCAGGCUAAUAUUGAUAGACGGCGUCUGAUUUCCUACGCCAAUGCAAAGAGCAAGAGCGAGAAGUUCCCCCCUCCGCACCAAGAUGGAGGACUUGGCUACCCUGUGGGGACAUCUCAGCACCUCAAUCCGACCUAUGAUCCUCCCGGCAUACCCUUCAGCUCAACUAAUUUCUCUUACCCUAAAGACCAAAUGCAGACUUGGUCUGGCCCAUUGGCCGAUCCUGCUGCCAUGGGAGCCCCAAGAAGGAGGUCGAAACCGACUAAGAAGGAUAGCAGGAAAGACGAUAAUUAGAGUGUGGGAAUAAGGAGAGAUGACUUGUAAUGUAGCUCACACACUCUCACUCUCUCCUCGCAUACAAGAAGUUGUGUUAUACUAUAUUCUUUGGCGGGAAAUAUGUCCAAUUUAAGAGGCACUUUCAUCUGUUUUGGUGCUGUCGUUUCUUUUUUGAAAAAACAAGAAAGUUUAAUUUUGCAUUUCUUUGUUAAAAUUUUCUUUUUAUCCUUUUUUAAUUCAUCAAGUGUAGUUUCUUUGUCUGAAACUUUUGCAACAUCGCAUUUCUUGAUGAGGAAAUUAAUACUAGCAUUCCUACUUGUUUA